UGGCAGUAGUGAGUGAAAAGUCACGUUGUGCAAGAAAUGUGUUGAUUAAAUCUCGAUUUUUUUACUAAAUAACUCAACCAAAUAUAUUUAAAAUGCCAAAGGUACGCGCAGAAAAGAAGUCUCGACAACAUCAAGAAAUCCAAAAGCAAGGGAUACAGUUUAAUAAGACGUUUGGUCAGCACAUCUUGAAAAACCCAUUGAUCGUGAACAGCAUGGUAGACAAGGCUGCACUUAGACCAACUGAUGUGGUGCUGGAAGUUGGCCCGGGUACUGGAAACAUGACAGUUCGGCUCCUUGAAAAGGUUAAAAAGGUCGUAGCCUGCGAAAUUGACCCAAGACUUGUUGCUGAAUUACAGAAGAGGGUACAAGGAAGUCCAGUCCAAAGCAAACUUCAGGUGAUGGUGGGUGAUGUUUUGAAGACCGAUCUUCCUUUCUUUGAUGUUUGUGUUGCAAACUUGCCGUACCAGAUAUCUUCCCCAUUUGUCUUCAAACUACUGCUUCACAGACCAUUCUUCAGGUGUGCCAUAUUGAUGUUCCAGCAAGAGUUUGCACAGAGACUCGUGGCUCAACCAGGGGAUAAACUUUACUGUAGAUUGUCCAUCAAUACACAGCUCUUAGCAAGAGUAGACCAUCUGAUGAAGGUUGGGAAAAAUAACUUCAGGCCGCCACCAAAAGUUGAAUCCAGUGUGGUGAGAAUAGAGCCACGGAAUCCUCCACCACCCAUUAACUUCACAGAAUGGGACGGUUUGGUCAGGAUAUGCUUCUCCAGGAAGAAUAAGACAAUCGGUGCUUCGUUCAAACAUACACCAGUCCUAGAGAUGCUGGAGAAAAAUUAUAAAGUGCACUGCUCUAUACAUAACAUAAAAAUUGAUGAUGAUUUUGAGAUAAAGAAGAAAGUAAUGGAGGUUCUUGAACAGAAUGACUAUGACAAGAAGAGGGCAAGAACUAUGGAUAUUGAUGACUUCUUAGGGUUACUCAAGUGUUUGAAUGAAGCAGGAUUCCAUUUUACGUGACGAAUCAUUGAAAUAAGUUCUUAGAGCUAUGGAUGGACAGAUUUCAAAAUCUAAUACGGCCUUUGGUCAAAUAAAGGAUGCAUCUUACCAAAUAUUCGUUUUGUACACUACUGUGGGUCAUUUUGAUCAUGUGAUCAAUCAUCACAUGACUGGAUGACAGAGACAUCUGUUCAGACUGUUGAGUUUCAUAUGUUAGUUUGUUAGUGAUGAGAAGAAUGGUUUGUUACAAUGAUGUGUCUUACUUUAUAAGUGAUGUAAGUAAAUGAA